CUCUCCGUCCGUUCAUUACCUUGCUGAGGAUUGCAGAGAGCAGUGAGCCCGUCGUGUCUCUACCCGAGGCCGGAUGGUAAAAUCCAACCUCCAGCGGAUCCUAAACAGUCAUUGCUUUGCUCGCGAGAAAGAAGGAAAACAACAGUCUUUAACCACAAUGGCGGAUUUGAGUAAUGGUAUCUGUGACAUAAUUGGGAAGUUGUCCCUGCACUGUACUAGUACCCGCGGCCCGGGGCCUCUGUGGUGCUCCGAUGCCCCUCUCCCACCCCUGAAGAUCCCAGGUGGGCGAGGGAAUGGCACACGGGAUCACACUCCUUCAGCUCGGCAGCUCCACUCAGAUCGAAAAUUGAUUGUGACGGAGGAGCCGGCGGGGAAUGGUCGCCCUGGAAUACUCCACUUCCAAAGUCGUCCCACCCUAACCAGGACAAUACAGUGGGAUGCUGUCCUAAGCGGCAGUGCGCUCUACGUGGAGAUUCCUCUGGACCCUCUUCCUGAGGGCAGCAAGGAGAGUUUUGCAGCUCUCCUGGAAUACGCUGAAGAACAUCUGAAAGUAGUCAGCGUGUUUGUCUGCUUCUACAAGAAUAGAGAUGAUCGUGCUAAACUGGUGCGUACGUUCAGUUUCCUCGGCUUUGAGAUUGUGAAACCGGGCCACACCCUCGUCCCCCCUCGACCCGAUGUAUUCUUCAUGGCCUACAAUUUUGACAGGGACUCCUCGGACGAGGAGUAGCCCUUUUGAUAGGCCCCCUGCUUACUUCCCUUUUUCUCCCCAUAGCCCCCAAUGUUUUGUUUUCCAUCCAAGCAUAUCAUAUAAACUCCUGUCUGUUAAACCCUCGGCAGUAGCUCGUUCAUCUCCCCUAUUUUUGAUGAAGGGAAGAUGUACCACGUGCAUCUCCAUUUAUUAUACUGUUUUUCUUGAAGAUGAAUUGAUGUUGUCCACUAUAGAAGGAAGGAAAGGAAACCAUGUUGUUUUUUUGGACUUACAAUCCCAUUUCAGUUGUCAGAGCGAUUAAUUAGGUUCAUUGGUAUUUCUUUUUUCUGGUUAUGGUGGUGGAUUCUUCAUUUUGAAUGUACAAUAAAAAGGUCAUCAGGUUUAUACUCGGGUACUCCAGCUUUCCUUCAUUUGGCUAAAUUCCUUUUUUUUUUUUUUUUUUUUAAAUGUCUCAUUUUCCAUCUGACUAGAUUAACACAUUUCAGUGGGACACAUUUUAUGUAGUAGCGCUAAUAUCCUCUUAAAAGUAUUUGGAUUUUUGAAACCUCUUUUGAGUGACAGCCCCAAUAAUUGGUACUUCAUAGCAGUGUAGCUAUGACCAUAGAAGCGUGAAGUCAUUUAGAGUAGGAGUGAAAAGAUGAAUGCUGCUGCAUGUCUAGAUCCUACGAUGAGUGUAUUGGUACAACGUGUAAAGAAAGUAAAUAAUCCAAAGUGCUUUUGCUUUUUUUCUGCCAUGUAUAUCUGACAAUAUUGUAGUGUUAUGGUUUGAGGUUGAACUUGUGAUAUGAUUGGAUUUUUUUUUAAAUUAGCAUUCCUUAAACUUUUUUGUCAUAGUGUUGAGUUUGUUCACCUGCAUAGUGGUACCUGUUGUGCUUCUGUGAUAAUAAAACAAAACAAACCUG